CGCUGACAGGCACGUGAGCGGUGGUGCUAAGUCGACUAUUUAGCAGUCGACAUGGCCGCCACAACUGCUCCCAAGGUGGUGUUUGAACAUGAGGGAGUCUUCAUUCACUCACCUCCAGAUGAAUCUGAGGAUCACGAUUUAAUAUCAGGGUUUCUCCGGAUCAUUGACAAGGAUGGUGAAACCCUUGUGGAAUAUAAACCGCUGGAGGAUGCAGAUCCCUCGAACAUGUUGUGUGCCUGCAAGGACUCCAGCUCAGUUGUGGAAUGGACUCAGAGUUCAGAAGACAAUCCUUACCAUCCUGUUGACCAUCAGCUGAGCUAUGAAACAGAAUGGGACGUAAUCAAUGCCAUCUCAUUCAGGAGGAAAGCCCACGCCCAUGGAGAGGGUGGAUCAAACCACAUAAAUGACCGGGUCAAGUGGGCCUUCUCCUUUAAUGUGUAUGACCUCAGAUCUAUCACAGUCAAAUGUGAGGACUGGUCAUGCCUCGUUUUCCACUUGAAGGAUGGCAUAGCACUGCCAACCAUUCAUUUCCACCAGGGAGGGAGCACAGCGUUUCUGGAUAGCCUGAGGAAAUCAGUUCAGAUAAGCAAGAGUCCGGAUGAUGAAAAUGUCCUAAUCGUCAGCACCUAUAGCAAAGCUUUCUCACAGUCCUUCGAAAAUCUUCUGGAUGACACAAACUAUGGCUUUGUACAGAAAUUCAAGAAGGAUCCCUACACUACGACGCUGGGUGGCUUUUCCAAAGUCACUAACUACAUCUUUGACGCCUUUUGGGCACCUGGGUUAGAGUGUCACCAGCGGCCAGUGGAGGAGGUGGCAGACCUGUUGGGAGAACUCAUUCCCGGACUAGAGAUAAACCAACAGGAAGAGCCAGGAUUUGAAGUCAUCACCAGACUUGAUCUAGGACUGAGGCCAGAGGUGCAAAGGAAAGAGCCAGUUACAAUGAAAGAAUGGGCAAAAUACCAGGAUUCAGAGGGAAGAACGAACAACGUACCUCACAUAAAGAAUCUUAUAUUUAAAGGGGGUCUUUGCCAUGUGGUGAGAAAAGAGGCCUGGAAGUUUUUGCUGGGUUAUUUUCCAUGGAACAGUACCCACGAAGAAAGGAAACUCAUCCAAAAGAGAAAAACGGAUGAAUACUUCAGAAUGAAGCUUCAAUGGAAGUCCAUCAGUAUGGAGCAGGAGAGGAGGAACUCUAGGUUACGAGAUUACCGGAGUCUCAUUGAAAAAGAUGUCAACCGAACCGACCGCAACAACAAGUUUUAUGAAGGCUUGGACAACCCUGGUUUGAUGUUACUACAUGACAUUCUGAUGACGUACUGCAUGUACGACUUUGAUUUAGGGUAUGUGCAGGGCAUGAGUGAUCUGUUGUCUCCCAUUCUCUUCGUGAUGGAGAAUGAAGUUGAUGCCUUCUGGUGCUUUGUUUCCUUCAUGGAUGAGAUGCAUGAAAACUUUGAGGAGCAGAUGCAGGGGAUGAAGACCCAACUGAUCCAGCUCAGCACGUUGCUACGGCUUUUAGACCUGGCCUUCUGGAACUACUUGGAGGCACAGGAUUCUGGGUACUUAUAUUUCUGUUUUCGGUGGUUAUUGAUCCGAUUCAAGAGAGAACUUCAUUUUCAGGAUGUCCUUCGCCUUUGGGAGGUCAUGUGGACUGGACUGCCUUGCCAAAACUUUCACCUUCUGGUGUGCUGUGCCAUGUUAGACUCAGAGAAACAAAAAAUCAUGGACAGAAAAUAUGGAUUCAAUGAAAUCCUAAAGCAUAUAAAUGAACUUUCCAUGAAACUGGACAUCGAAGAAAUUCUUUGCAAAUCCGAAUCCAUCUGUAUGCAGAUAAAGAAUUGUAAGGACUUGCCCCAUUCAGUGAUUGAGAUACUGGGUCUCAACACAGUCACUGAAACCUCUGCACUCUUAGAAACCAGUGAAUAUGGAAUUCUUGAGUCACCUCAAACCUCAUCACGAUCCACGCACAGACAAGAUCACCUCAUCUCCAAUGGCCAUAGUCACUUAAAAGAGACAACACACAAUGGCUGCAAAGAAGCAUUCAUUUCCUAGUGUACAGCACUACAUGAUGUAUAGUACAGAUUUUUGUAAGCCCCUGUAUCCAAGCAGGAUGAACAGUAUUGGAUAGCAUUGUAGAUAUUUGCUAUCAAAUGUCACAUUGUAAAAUAUCCCAGAGAAAAUAUAUGAAUGUAAAACUAGGAUCUAAAAGGAUCCUAAAGCAUUAUUUUUGUAAUUUCUUGUACCAUAUUGUCUUUAAUUGAAAUAACCAUUCCUUCUCACUGUAUAGAGUUUUCACAAUGUUACAGAUGUGGGGCUACCUUUGUUCAAUAUUAAAAUAUUUUUUUUCUUAUCAGUUGCCCUUCUCCUAAAUCAUCCAAAGAUUCAAAUUAAAACCAGUCCUCUA